AUGCUGUCUGCCGUCUGCGGCCUUGUCGUCUGUCUUGUCCAAAAGCUUGCACGGUCCUUGACCUCCUCAUACGACGACGGGCCAAGUAGCCACAAAUGUAAACGAGUAAACGAGAACAAUAAUAACAACAAUAAGCCCAUUCCCCCACCGUCGUGGUCAACUGCUCGCUCUGAUGACCACGCUGCCCACACUACUGUCGUCAUCGGCACACUCCAUAGUGCUCCUUACCCCCCCAACUUGUGCGCACGCACGCUCUCGCUGCUUGAUUGCCCGCGCCCUCAUCAUAAUAGCGGGGUCGGCCUCAUCUCCUGCAGCCCCCGUCCGCCUUCAACCGACUGGCUUCCUCCUCUCUCGCUUCCCCACCCGCGCACGCACGCACGCACACACACACGCUGCACCUGCAGUAGUGCCUUGCUGCUUCUUCUGACCGCAGCCUUUGCAUUUGCCUCGCCUGCGAGCCCCGGAUUCUCAGCCCAUGGGGUUUGGCGAGAUCGACGGGAAAUCAUCACACCAAUUCCUUCGCCUCCACGCACGCUGUCAACUUCGGGUACACUUCUAACCUGUUUGCGCCCUGCACCUAGGCACAGACCUACAGCCCACCCACACCGAUCCCGAUAG